AUGUCCACUCCAGCUGAAACCUCUUUGGCCGAACUUAAGGCAAUCACUAGGCAGAUUGUUGACAUUGUCUGUGCAGCUCGGCUGCUCCCACCUGGCAACAGCCACUUGGCUCUGAGAGCACAAGUCACUGAACUGGUGGCUAAGGCUGUCCGGGACCAUGAGGAUGCACCUUGCAUUCCGGGCAUAGUCUUGUCCUGCUCCAAGGAGUUACUUCGCGUUCGGCAGAUGUCCCCCCAGGUUUGGCCUGACUGGCACAGCAUUGGCCAUGACGAUCCUCACCUCCAGAAGCACAGCUGGCAUCAGAAGGUCUUCGCCUGGGAGGCUUUAGGCGACCAGACGUUUGAUCUUCCCCUCAAGGCCCCCAAAUCCCUUGACACUGUCACCAUUGACCUUCCCUCCCCACCUGUCGUCGCCGGCAGUAUUGCCGGCCCAUCCUCCAGCACUAUUGCCGAGUCUUGGGAGAAGCGUCAGGAUAAGGGUAAGGGUAAGGUGUUAGCACACAAUACAGUGAAUACUCCCUGUAUUAUACGGACACCCGAAGUUGAGAUUCUGCCGAGUGAGACGGGCCAUCUGAGAUGGGCCCAGGUGUAG